AUGCUGGAACACCGAUCACGAAAGGCACGGUCGUACAAAACUGUCGCCGUGCCUGUGUGCCUAAACGUCAAGGCAGUCUAUUUGCGAUUAGUGUCCAGUCCUAUCAACGGCAGCGUUCCUCGGUGCCUUCGAUCGGUUCGUCACCUGUCGCGGGCUCACGACCGACGUCUGAACUACGGGGACCAAUUUCAACGACGUCGACCGGCGGUUCCGUCUACUGCGAAUAGCACCACGGCGCCGGCCGUUAUUCCCGUCGCCGACAGGUCGUCAGGUAAGUGGCACUUAAACCUUCCCAGCGCUCCGUCGAAAUCCGGAGCGCUGGGAUUUCUUUAUUAUUCACCACUCAUCACGUGUCACGAAUUAUACUUGUACCACUAUCAAUUUUUUUUUUUUACCAAUCGGUAAGUUAUCCAUCCAUCAUUUGUGUUUUUCCGAAACGUCCAACCUUUUUUUGUCCAAUUUCAACGUGUCUCGUACUCUUUAUGCGUACAUUUAAAAAAAGCUACGUUCUUUAGGUAGAACGAACAAAAAUAAUUUAAAAUCAGUCAAUAAAAUAUGAAACCAAGUGUUUUAAAUCAAAUUGUACUACUUUUUUAUCGAUUUGAAAAUCACUUUGAAAUUGUGUACCGUCGUUGUAUUAAUUGUCAAUACUUCUAUACUCGCGUGUAUUUUAAAAAACGUUUUUAAUGCGCCCGAACACAUAAAUAUUUAUAUAUUAACCGUUACAAAGAUAAAUACAUUCGCACAAACAACACUGGUGGUAAAAUAAAUUAUUAUGGGCCCGUUUCGAGUGCAUUCUGUAAAACGUGAAACUAAAGUAUAAGUAUAGCAAAGCACACGGGAGGGCGGUAAUUUAGUUUUGAUGAACGACGAAGCAACGGAUUUAACACAGGCAUUUUGUGUUUGUAUUCGCUUCUCCUAUAAACUUAAACAAUCUGUAACUUUAUAAUUUAAUAUUCUUUUACUGUACAUAAUACAUAUACUUUAUAAAGCGGAUCUUCCCAAUUGCAUGGUGUAGUUCAAUUUUUAUGUUUUUUUCUUUUACUUUAUGGAAUCAUUUAUUUCAAAAUUUUACAUUUUCAUUAUUUUUAUCCUUAUUUUUAUGUGUGAAAUAAAAACCUUUAUAAAAAAAAAAAAAAAAAACCAUAAAAUUAUGAAAUUUAAGUUGAAUUACAUUUUGAUAUUGGCAUUUUUUUAUUUCCAUCAAGUUGUUGACGAUAUCAUACGAUUUUUAAGUUUGAGUAAGGGAGUAGAAUUAGUAGUAAAGUAUCAUUUUCUUGACUUAAAUGUGUUUUAUAAAUCUUGCUCCAAUAUAUCAUGUUCUAUGAACUUCAUGGAGGGUUUCCUAAAAGUUUUGACAGAUUUAGUUAGUUCUCACGAACAUCACUUCAUUUUCGGCAAAAAUAGUUCUAUGAAAUUUUUCCCACUUGAAACUAUUAAAAACCGCUAAAUAUAAAACCUGCUACCUAUUCCUGUACUAUGCAGCUUCUCUCCUCUGCAUUUCUAGUUACUAUUUUUAAAUGUUCAUUAAAACAUAAUCUCCGUAGCUUUAUCCUAAUAACAACGUUUUUUUGAGUCACUACUGAGUCUACUAGAUCAUUGUUCACGCUAGGCAUUUGACUAGGCAAAUUACUUGGAUACGUAAGUCUUUUUUUUAUUAUAACGAUUUUUCUACCUAUAAUGAGCCUUGAGAACUGAAUUUAAAGUUCUUAAUCGUACAAUUUACUCUUUUUAUUGAUUUGGAGAUUUUGGACAUUAAAGAUUAGGCCAUAUUAUGUUUUUCUGGAAACUAUCCUCUCAAAAAUCACUUAUUUUAGUUCUUUGGGUUUUUCAAUAAUCUAGUACCGGUAACAUACAAAACAAUUAUUGGUUUUUAUAAUUUAUUAUAUAUUUUAUUAAUAGUUCUUUGGACGAGGUUCUUGUUGUUUACAAUUCAUAUUGAAACAAUAUAAUAACGAAAAAGAUAGACAUAUUUCGAACGUGGGUACAAUCAGUGUUCUGGGUGGAAAGCUGGGAAAGAAAACAAUUGCAAACGAAAAAAAACGAUUCUGAGCGGAAUUCAGUUCAUAGUGAUGCUUUGUUAACAAUAUAUAAUCAUAUUUUGGUUAAUUAAUUGCACAAACAUUAAAUAUUUACUUUCAUAAUAUUUAUUUAAUUAGAUAGCUAUUUUCUUGUUCUCUCAUUUUCUCACAGUUAUUUUCUGGUUUUUCCUACAUAUUGAGAAAAUUCCUGAGAAAAUCAAAAUAUAACCUACUUAAAGAGUACCAUCCCAGUCAGAUUUCCUUUCACGAAAAUUGCUACAUUUGUAAAUUGGAGCAAUAUUUGUAGUAGAAAAUUUGUUCACAUAUAUAAAAAAAAAUAACAAUAAAUACACAUUGUUAUACCAUAAGCUUCUUUGCUCCACUCAGAAUCUAAAAAUCUUUGAAAAUUUAUUCAGACACGUAAAUUAGAAAUUACGUAUUAUUAAUUUUUUGAUUAGGUUUCAAGAGGAUCACAAAGUUCUAAAAUCCUAAGGUAUUCUGUACUGUUAUUUAAAACUCAAGAAACGUGAAUUUAAUAAAUAAUUAAAAGUAGAGUUUUGAGUUUAAUUUUCUUUUUUUUUUUUAGCCUUUUGAAAAAAAAAAAAGAAGAAUUUCUUUACUUAAUACGAUCUGUUAUCGAUUAAAUAUUUACAAAGUCUCUAAGUGAAGAUUACUGAUGACACGUUUUUUAGACUUUAAUAAGAAUAUUGCGUUGAAACUAUAUUAAAUUAACAAAAUAUAUGAAACUAUUUUUAAAAAAAUUUAAAGUACAGAAUAAAAGAAUUAAAAAAUUAACAUAUUUUUAGAUAUGUUAUCUCAAAAUUAAAACUUCAAAAUUUCGUUGUUUGUGAUUUAAAAUAAACCAGGGAAAGAUUUCAUUUGGUCGGAAUAUGAACCAAAACAGCCCAUGAAUCACAAAUUAUCGGUAAUAAUACAUAGAAAGUACCGAAUACAUAUACGUCAUGAAAAUAAUACCUGUAAACUUCCAUCCUUCCUCUACGUUUAUCAACCAAAUCAAUAUAUCAUUCAAUAAAGUAUAAUUGUGUAAAAUUAUCAACAGAUAGUUAGGAAAGUUUAAAUAAAAUUCUAAUGAUAAUUUUGGGAGUUUUGAUAGAUCUUAUAGAAAUAUCUAAUCAUAUAUUAUUAUUUUUAACAUCUUAGGUAGGUUUUUAAAAAUAAAAAUAAGAAUAAAUAAUAAUAAUGUAUUUACAGUCUAUUAAAAAUAAAUCUAUUUUAAACAAAGUUCAAAGAUCAUGUUUAUUUAUAAUAGACAUAAAAUACCUAUUAUUAUCGAUAUUUUUUAGAUUCAAAUCUGUUGGCUUUAAUAAUGUGCGUUCGCUGAACAAUAGAAAGUCUCAAAAAAAGUUUCAUUUUAAUAGUUGAGGAAUUUUUCUGAUUGACAAUGAUAUUUUAGAUAAAGCCGAUUUCUUCUUCAGCUCGACGCAGGAACGACCGAAAAUCAAAGUUUUUUUAAUAGUAAAGUGUUUACAUUUUAAUUCAGUACAUUACUCGUAAUAAUUUUUUUUUAAAUUAAUUAUUUUUUUUUUUAUAUUCAUAAAUAACGCUUUAAACUAGCACCCCUGUGGACUGUAUACAAUAUAGCGGUACACCCGUCGAGCAGACUAUGCCCAAUGUUUUUUUUUUUUAAUAAAACCACGCAAAUAAUAUUACUGUCAAGAUUUAUUACGACUGUAACGGUGAAGAAUUUAAAAAAUAAAACCCAUAUUUUUUCAUUAACACUAGAGUAUUUAAAUAUUCUAUUUGAGGGAACAGUAGGUAUAUAUACCGAAUAUGAAAACUUUCUACUGUGAAUUGCAUUCAUAAUAUAUGUAAUGAGAAAUAUUGUUUUUGAAUGCUUUUAAACCCUAGUAUAAUAUAAUUUAGUAUUUAAUGGCCAAACUAUACACGAUUGAUAAAAAAAAAAAAAGUUUUAACCCUUUAAAACGUUAAAAUUUUACUCAAAGUAAUUUAAACUCCGAAAAUUAAAAACGAUGUAACUUCGAAAAAACAGAAAAAUUAAUUGAAAUCGUCAAACGACAUAAAUAUAUAAUGAAUAACUUAUGUAUUUUUUUUUCUAAAUACAAAAUUAUUUAUAUUAACAUUAUAGCCACUAACAAAAUGAUAAUUUUUUAAAAGUUUCAAUUAUUUUUAAGAAAUUUAAAUUUUAAAACUAUUUUAUAAUUACCAUACCCUACCUUAAUCCUUGAUCCAAUUUUCGACUUAAAUAUAAUUAAUUUUAAAAUCGUUAAAUUCUGGUCAAUAUAUAUAUGACUAUUUAGUUUGUCAUAUACAAAUAGGAAAAUAAACUAAAGAAAUUUGGUACAAUUUGUGCCAAAAAAUGAACACAUACGACUCCGAAUUUAAUUCGAAAUGAUAUAAAUAUGAUAAUGAUAUAAAUAUAUUUGAAUCGAUAAAAAGAAAAAAAACGACAUUACUUAUCAUAAUAAUAAAAUAGCUGAUACUGGAGACGGGUACAGUUACUGUUGUAAGUGAAAUGGGUGCAAUGCAUAAAGUUAUUUAAUUUAUAAUUGUACUCGAAGAUAAACCAUUUCUAACGGGAAAUGAUUCAAAGGGAACGUCGCUAAGACAUAUUUUGAAAUGCCGUAAUUUUUACGAUUUUCGUCAAAAUUUGAUCUUAAAACGCUCAUGAAAACAAAAAAAAACUAAUACUUUUAACACUUAAUUUGUAUUUUAGACCACUAAGUAAAACGUAUAAUAUAGGUACCUUAUGUUAAAUUGUCAAGCAUUUCUCUUAAGUCAUAUAAUUUUAAUAACAAUACUUAAAAUAAAAAUACUAAAAUAUCAAAUACCUAUAAAUAGCUUAAAAACAACUAGUAUGUUAUCACGAUUUUAAAAAGCCAAUAUAAGUAUUUUGUUUUUAAAAAACUACAGAUCUUUACAAUAAUUUAUUACUGAAUAAUAACAAAUACCUAAAUGCCACACACUUUGCCGAUUUUCAUAAUUAUUAGGAAAACUAUACAAAAUAUCAAACAAUGACUCUUUAUUAAUGCAUCGACUAGAAAAAUUUCCUUUCAGAGAAGGUACUCUAUAUAUCUAUAAUCUAUAGUAUACUCUAUAUAUCGGAGCGAGAUUUCUGGUGAAAAAUUUGUUUACAGACAGACGAAAAAAUACACAUCAUAGUAAAACCAAUAGACACAACAAAACGAUUCAAACAAGCAUAUGAUAAUAUUUCAGGAAUAUACAGUUUUUUAAAUUACGAAUAAUAAUAAUUGCUUAUACAAGAUAUUUUGAUAACUAAAAUAUUAAACAGUUUUUUUCAGUGUACUUAUAAACAGUUUGCCACCAAAUCCGACCAAUUGUUUUUCGUGACGAAUAAAUAAACAAUAAUUUCAAAAUAAAUAUCAAUUUUUAGAAUCGCUAGUUAUACGCUGUAUAAACAUUAUUUACACGUCAAAAUUUCUAUUAAAAAAAAUAAACGUACAUUCAAAUAAUUGAUACCUUUCGAAUUUCAGAUAAUCUUAUUUUAAACUUAAAAAAAAAAAAAACAAUAAUGAUAAAUAUAUAGAUAGUAGUAAUUACCUAUACUCCGGUAUUCGGUAUUUGACUACUUAUAAUCUAACCAACUAUAAACGGUAGAAAACGGAAUUAUAAUUUGGCGAUUUUCCCGAUUCGCGUGCGCUCUCGCUCUCCAUCCGGGGCCAUUAAACUACUUAGAUAUCUCCAGCGGUCUCUUGGGGGAGAACGAAAUCCGGAGAGGAAUGGGUUUAUAAGUACUGGAACGGAGCCCGCGAUUCAUGAAUACUCAGUCCAUUUCGCGCCAAAUGACACUACACCGGUUCCGUUUUAGAAAUCGGAAAGGUAGAAAUAAUACGAGCGUGGCUUUAUCUUUUAUGUUAUACUUACAUAAUAAAAAAAUAUCGGUUAUCUUUUCCGACACUUCAGUGCAACGCGGAAAAUCAUUGCUAUCGUUUCAUUUACCUGUCUUAUAACAAUUAAUUCUCGUUGUACUGUAAACGAUACAAUAAUUUACUUAUAUAGUUUUUAUUUAUAACGAGAUCACAUCAUACGCGCGGUUAUCGUCGCGUAUCCAUACAUACAAUAAUAAAAUCUUGUUUACUGUCUGGUCUCGUAUCCUUCCUUUUCUAUAAUAACUGUGUGUAAUACGCUCUAUGCACGGAUAUAUUAUUUUAUAUUAAAGGUCCCGAACGCGAAACCUUUAAGAAUUCCGAAUCCCUUGAGAAAAUCGUAUACUAAUACUAUUCGUCGGUGUUUACUAUGUUAUACAUUUAACGUUCCGCUGCACUAUAUAAAACUGUUAGUGGUAUUAGAAUUUUAUUAAUUUUCUGCAGUAUUACAGCGCGUUUGUAUAAUACGCGAAUUCGACAAUACCAUUUGCAAUGUUUAAUUUACGAGGGAGGGAGGGAGAGGGGAACCACGUAGGUUUACCGUAAUAAAAACCGCGUAUUAUAUUAAAUAAACUGUCACUCGGUUACGAUCGUAAAGGCCAAUUCAAAUAUUAUUUAUAUUUAUGUACGUAAAAGCAAAAAUACCAUCCGAAAUAUUAUUUUUGAAUAUAUAUACUAAGUAAUGAGGAACUUAUGUAAUAAUAAUAUAUGUAUUAAUAUAAUAAUAAAAUAUGAUAUUAUUAUUCGUGUUUUAUUGCGAGUGCGUUUAUAAUGAAAAAUUAUUCCCGAACGGAUCUCUGGCGGUGCUGAGGUUUGUUUUCAUGAGUUUUUUACCAUAGUUAUAAAUUAUAUCGAACUAAACAGAAAAAACAAUAUUGAUUUACACAUAAUAAAUGCAUAAUUUUGUUUGGUCGGAAUCAAAACUUUUUAUCUGUCGGUAAGUUUGAUUUAUCCUGAGCGCAGCAAGGAAUGCAUAGGUUUCGCAACGAUGAGUGUUUUAAUUUUUGAUUUUCUCUCUAUAAAUAGUUUUUCCUCUUACAAUAAUGCUUCGGUUUUCAAGUAAAGUAACUUUGUGGGUUAGGAAAUUUUUUUUCUUGAUUUCUCUUGCAGUUAUUUUCUUAAUAAUUGGGGAAAGAAACGGCAAAGUUUACGGAAUAACGAUUACAUUAAUUUCAAUUUUAUUUUAUUUUUUUGGAAUUUUUUUAAAAAUAAUUGUGAAAAAAUGACAAAACAUAAAUAUGUUAUUCAUAAACUUUUAAUAUCAAAUUUUUACGAAAAUCACGAUGUUUCAAAAUAAUAUUAUGUACAUUGUAUAAUCGAAGUACGUUCAGAAUCGUAUUUCGUCAGCAAUGAUUUAUCGUUGCGAUAUGAAUUUAAUAAAUGUACGUAUCCUACCUCCUCGAAUUACUAUUCAAAACAGUAGCACACCCACCAUUGGCAGUAUCAGCUUUUUUUUUUCUGAAGGGACAACUUUUCUACCAUAUAUAUUCUUCGAUUUUCAAGUGUAUUACAUUUCGUUUAAAUUGUUCAGCUCCAACAAAUAUAACAAUAAUAUUUCUAUUGCCUACUCAAAAUAAAAAAAAAAUUUAAAAAUUUGUUUUUACAGCUCGACAGAAAUAUUCAUUAUUUGUCGUGCAAGAUGACGCUAACGAGAUCGAUAAAAAAGAAUCGGAUCCACUCAAUUCACAGGCGACCAUUGACAGCAUUACACAAUCCGUCUAA